AUGUCCGACUUCCAGUCGCUGCUUGACGCGUCUACCCCGCUGAACGGGCAGGGCUUGCCUCGAAAGAAACCCAGCAUUUCUCUCGCUGCAGGCCUCAUGAUGACGAGCGACAGUCCCAGGAGCUACAGCAUACCAGACACUCCCGCACUGGCACGACCAGCGUCCGCCGGCCGUCCAUGGAGCGAGAACCUGUUCUAUGCGUAUGCGCAGAAGAGUGACUAUGCGCAAUCCGCACCGUUCAUCCUGACCUUCGCCUCCGCCCUCAUCGCUGAGCAAUGGUGGUCCCUCGUCCAGCGCGAAUACCCCGAUUCGACGAGGCCCGGCCCGCAACUCUUCAUUCUCAAAGGCGACGACAUGCAGGAGCAGAUACAGGACAACCCUAGGUUCUACGAUCUGCGAAACAGCUGGUUCUACACGCCCAGUGACGGUGCGACAGCCCCCAUCCCACUACAAGACUACCGAGGAAACCCCGUUACGGCACCUGCACCUCCUCAAGAGAAGGAAGAGAGAACAGAUACCGGAGGGUUUGACUUGAAGGGUCUCGAGGCGACGUUGGAGAAGAUGACGACCAUGAUCACGGAGAACACAAACUCUAUCCGUGCCCUUUCCGUUGCGCAGUCUACGGGCCUCCAAACUAUGCAGGAGAUCAACGAAUCCACCUCUACUCAGAUCAAAGCGCUUGCAGACAACCAAGCCGCGCUUCAGGCCAUCGUCGACCAGAACGCCUCCCACUACAUUGCCCUGUCUAACUCCACCUUCAACACCCAGUCCACCAUGCAAAACGUGCUCCAGUCCAACGCCAAACAGAUUGAGAGCCUAGCAGAGGGCCAGAAGAAACUGGUUGCAACCUGCACGGACAUGAUGCACAGCGUUGAGAAGGUCGGCGUGGCAAUGAAAGAGGUUGGCUCGGAUUCGGCCAGCAAUGCGAGCGUCAUGCGGGAGACGGAGAAGAGUCUUGGGACGAUUGUCAAUCGCAUCCAGCCUCCGCCGCGUAAAUUGAACAGGAGAGUCAAGGGUGUGUGGUAUGAGUACGAUGAUGGAUCAGACGGUACUGCUCGGCUAUCGGUGCCCAUGUCGCCGCGGAAGAACGUCACAAUGCUCGAUACGCCGCCGAAGAGUCCAUUGAGCGUGAGGUCGACAUGA